AGUCUGCAGAAGCUCCUUUCUCAUAUACCCCCGCGAUCUCCCACUUCACUGACAUUUCUCUUCUCGCCCAGAUCUCAAGUCACACAACGCUGCGCGUCGCCGAUCCAGAUCUUCCACACACCUAUUCCUCUCCGAUCGUCAAUAAACCCGCACAUAUAACCACAGCGCUAUGCUCUCAAGGCGGCUUUACCUGCCCGCUGUCAUUGCAGCACUGAUCGCGCAGACCUUCGCGCAGAGCGUGCUCGACGCAGUAGACGGCGAACAAAAAAAUAACUCCACGUCGACCUCGGAGACGAAAAGCGUCUCCUCGAAAGGCAUGAUCAUUCUAUGCACGAUCGUCGCUUUAGUUAUCGUUGUCGGAAUCUCGUUCACAACCAUCUUCAUCGUGUUCAAGAAACGGCGCUGGCAGAUGCGCGAAGCGCUCUACUCGACCGAGCGCGUCACCCCGGACAUCGAGCGGGCUUCGAUCGCCAAAACGCCAUCAAGCCAGUUGGACCGGGUCGGCACCCGCGCAGACGCUGAAACCCGGUCUGCGUCUCGAGCACACCACGCGGCCGCGGGCCAGGUCGAGAAGCCGGACGCAUCUGGACCGGCCGCGACACACCGAGGAUGGGGCUCGUUCUUCUCGUUCGGGCGGACGCAGAGCCGGCAGUAAUCGACUCUGCACGUAUUGUCAAGAGGUACCUGGAUGAUUCUUUGC